AUGGGGGAUCUGAAGAAAGAAGAUGUUGAAAAAUACUUGGAAAAUAAUCCUCAGUUUGCCAAGGAAUAUUUUGAUAAGAAGUUAAGAAGCGAGGCUGUAACAUCUUUGUUUAACCACAAACAGCAGAACCUCAAAGAUGGAGUUUCAUUCCAAGAGUUGGCAAAACUGGAGGAAGCUGACAUUUUGCUGGAGGUGUUGAAGGAGAUGGAAGAUGUUAGUAACCUAGAGAAAGCCAUUCAUAAAGUCCUCCAAAGGCUAGCACUUCUCCUUCAAGCUAGCUACUGUAGUUUUUUCAUAUACAGAUCUCGGAACGGGACACCAGAGUUGGCUACUAGGCUCUUCAAUGUCACCAAGAACUCAAAAUUUGAAGAUAAUAUGGUGACUCCAGAAGGUGAAAUUGUUUUCCCUUUAGAUAUUGGUAUUGUGGGAUGGGUGGCUCACACAAAGAAGACCUUCAAUGUACCUGAUGUGAAAAAGAACACACACUUCUCUGACUUUGCAGACAAGCAAACGGGUUAUUGUACAAACAAUCUACUGGCCACACCUGUCUUAUACGGAAAAGAGGUCCUAGCGGUUAUAAUGGCCAUCAACAAACAAAAUGAACCAGCCUUUACCAAAGAGGACGAAGAGGUAUUUACCAAAUAUCUGAAUUGUAUAUCAAUGGUUCUUAAACACUAUCAUGUGAACUACCUUUACAACAUCGAAUUAAGGAAAAGUCAGGUACUGCUUUGGUGCGCUAACAAGGCUUUUGAGGAACUAACGGACAUCGAGCGUCAGUUUCACAAGGCUCUGUAUACUGUCAGGAUUUACUUGAACUGUGAACGCUAUUCUGUGGCGUUGUUGGACAUGACAAAAGAAAAGGAGUUCUACGAAGAAUGGCCAGUCAAGCUUGGAGAAGUACCGCCUUACAAAGGACCGAAGACACCAGAUGGAAGGGAAGUUAUUUUUUACAAGAUUAUUGAUUAUAUUUUGCUCGGGAAAGAAGAAAUUAAAGUCAUCCCCACACCUCCUGAAGAUCACUGGUCCCUCGUGAGUGGACUGCCCACGUUCGUCGCUGAGAAUGGAUAUAUUUGCAACAUGAUGAAUGCUCCAGCAGACGAAUACUUCAAAUUUCAGAAAGAAGCUGUAGAUGAGACGGGAUGGUGUAUGAAGAAUGUCCUCUCAUUGCCUAUUGUCAACAAGAAGGAAGAGAUCGUGGGAGUGGCCACCUUUUACAACAGGACAGAUGGGAGGCCGUUUGAUGAAUACGAUGAACAAAUCACAGAAGCCCUGACACAAUUCCUGGGGUGGUCUGUUUUGAACACUGACACUUAUGAGAAAAUGAAUAAACUUCAGAACAGAAAGGAUAUUGCCCAAGAGAUGCUGAUGUACCAAAUGAAAUGCACGCCAAAGGAACUGCAGACAAUCCUGAAAACCAAUGACAAGUUAAACAAAAAUUUAGAGGAGUGUGAAGAAAAGGAACUUGCUAAAAUAUUGAAAGAGGAAUUGCCAGACCCAGCAGCUCUCGAACUUUAUGAAUUCCGCUUCAGCGACUUCCCGGUGACGGAACAUGAGCUCAUUAAGAGUGGCAUCAGGCUGUUUGUUGAGCUUAAAGCCAUUGAAAAGUUUAAGGUGCCUGUGGAUGUCUUAACAAGAUGGAUGUACACCGUGAGGAAAGGGUAUCGGGACAUCACCUAUCACAACUGGCGACAUGGGUUCAAUGUUGGACAAACCAUGUUCACACUGCUAAUGACAGGUAAACUCAAGAAAUAUUAUUCUGAUUUAGAAGCCUUCGCCAUGGUGGCUGCUGCUUUUUGUCAUGAUAUUGACCAUAGAGGGACCAACAAUUUGUACCAAAUGAAAUCACAGGCUCCUCUAGCCAGGCUACAUGGGUCUUCAAUCCUAGAGAGGCACCACUUAGAGUUCAGCAAAACACUCUUAGAAGAUGAGACUUUAAACAUAUUCCAGAAUCUAAACCAAAGACAGUUUGAAAAUGUUAUCCAUUUGUUUGAAGUGGCAAUCAUAGCAACGGAUCUGGCAUUGUAUUUCAAGAAAAGAACUAUGUUCCAAAAAAUAGUUGAUACGACCGAGCAGAUGCAAUCAGAAGAAGAAGUGAUAAAAUAUAUUAUCGCCGACCCAACGAAAAAAGAGAUAAUCAUGGCCAUGAUGAUGACAGGAUGUGACUUGUCUGCUAUCACUAAGCCAUGGGAGGUACAGAGUCAGGUGGCUCUUAUGGUUGCUAAUGAAUUCUGGGAGCAAGGAGACUUGGAGAGGACGGUGCUUCAGCAGCAGCCUAUUCCAAUGAUGGACAGGAACAAAGCUGAAGAACUGCCUAAGCUUCAAGUUGGCUUUAUUGACUUUGUAUGUACAUUUGUGUAUAAGGAAUUUUCACGGUUUCAUAAAGAAAUUACGCCAAUGUUUGAUGGACUUUCGUAUAACAGAGUUCAGUGGAAGGCACAAGCAGAUGUUUACGAUGAAAAGAUGAAAGCUUUAGAGGAAGCGAAUAAACAGCACGAAAAUGACGUGGGAGUAAAGAAAGGUCAAGACAAGAAUGAAGCAGACAAUGUAGUGCAAAACAAAUCAAAAACAUUAUAUGUGUCUUUGUACAGUGGUACCUCGGUUCACGAACUUAAUUCGUUCCACGAUUAUGGUCGCUAA